AGUUACCAUUUGGGAUUCACAGGGUUAACAUCAAACUGAAGAUGUAUCUCCAUUAUUUUUUUGGAUUCAGCUUAGUCUGCAGUAUUGUUCUAGUUCAAGUUAAGACUCAACAGAAUGCUACAAGCAACGCUACCAAUAUCCAUGGGAAUAAUACUAGAAGGCACAUAAUGGUACGGAAAUUGCACGCUGAUGAGAAGCAGGGUAAAGGAAUGAUGAGUAUAGUGAUACACAAGAUUCAACCCGGGCAAUCCUACUACAAGGUGUUUGAUGGCGAUGAGGAGGCAGCGCGUGGAUUCACCAAUAAGAUAUGGAACCGUUUGUUUAAUCGCUAUAGCACAAUGCGCAUAUAAAUUAUUAGUCUUAAUUCUAGUUACGUAUGCGGAAUAAGUUAGCUUAAGUUAUAAUUAUAAAGCUAGAACUGAAUAUGGAUUCCUCGUCUGGUGCGGAAUCCUUUGAGUGCAGGCAGGCACUAGAUCUGGUGUAGAAAACCUCUGACUCAUGGUGGCUAUGACUUCCUUCGUCCUGCUCGGAAUCCUUCAUGGUGAAUGUUCCCACUGCCGUCUUGCAAUGGGCAUUGAUUUUGCAGCUGGAGUCACUGGCCCAACUCUCGCAACCGCAGGGCAAUGCCUCAUCUGGUGGCAGAUGUUGUGGAGUCACACUGCUCACCACCCGCUCCUCUGCUGUGGCCUUCUGCUUUCUCUUGUCCUGGCAGCGUCUCCAUGUCCUUCUUACAGCCCGGAAACAACACAAACCGAAGCACACAUCGGAGGUUCCCUUAAGACACAGGAAAAACUCCGGCAUAAACGAUGGAUUGAUCACGGCGUAGACAACUAUGUUCAGGGACAACUGCAGUGCAUUCAAUGUUAUGCAGAUCACCUCCAGCUGCUCAAUGAAGGAGUCAUCCACCUUGUUGGCAUCACCACCGAAUAAAAGGUUUAAGGAGCUCUUUCUGGACGUCAUGUGUGCGGGAAGUUCGCCGAAGAGGUACAAUGUAAUCACAAUCACUAUGCUGAUGGUCAACUUCAUUUGGUGCUGCAAAAAGAGGGAUUUAAUGUUUAUGCGAAUAGAUAAAAUAAAAUAUAAAUUACGUUUUCCAGUCG